AUGAACUCCAAGAACAUGUAUACGAUGAUAGAGUAUCUGGGCAUUAUGCUGCUUCUUGGACAGUCUUUUUGCAUGGUUCAAGGCGAUGUCCAUUUCUAUGAUUUUAUUCUUAGGGAGAAAAACUUCACCAGGCUGUGUAAGACGAAGAGCAUGCUGGUUGUAAAUGAGAGUUUUCCAGGGCCAGUAAUCCGGAUUCACAAAGGGGAUACGGUGUAUGUUAAUGUCCACAACCAAGGAUACUAUGGGAUCACUAUUCACUGGCACGGUGUGAUGCAACCAAGAAAUCCGUGGUCAGAUGGUCCAGAAUACGUCACACAGUGUCCUAUCCAACCCGGAACAAACUUCACGUAUGAGGUUAUAUUUUCUGACGAGGAAGGAACCCUUUGGUGGCAUGCUCAUAGCGAUUGGACACGAGCCACAGUUCAUGGUGCCAUAAUUGUCUUGCCUCGAGUUGGAUCCACCUAUCCAUUUGCCAAACCGGACGCAGAAGAGAUCUUAGUUCUUGCGGCAUGGUACACUGGGGAUUUGAAGGAGUUGGUGGAUGAGGCCCUGGUAACCGGUAACGACUUGCCGAGUUCUGAUGCUUAUACAAUCAACGGUGAACCGGGAGAUUUCUGUGCUUGCUCCAACGAAAUGACCUACCGUUGGAUGGUUGAUUACGGCAAAACCUAUCUUCUCCGAGUAGUCAAUGCUGUGAUGAACGCAGAAAUAUUCUACGCAGUUGCUGAACACAAUCUCACUGUUGUCGGGAUGGACGGACAUUAUAUCAAACCCAUCUCCACGUCAUACAUCAUGGUAAGCCCAGGACAAACAAUGGAUAUCUUAUUCAAAGCAAACCAGUCUGUCGGCCAAUAUUACAUGGCUGUCAGACAUUACUCAAGCGAAGACCCCUCCGUCACAGCAUUUGACCACGUCAAUACAACUGCAAUUGUAGAAUACAGAGGGAAUUAUACGAUCCCAUCAUCUCCUGAGUUUCCAAGUACACUUCCUUCUUACUUGGACUUCAUCUCUGCCAGGAACUUCACCAAUCGUAUAAGGAGUUUGGCAAACAAAGAGUACCCAGUUGAUGUCCCCCUCAACAUUACUAAGAGAAUGUUUAUUACAGUUUCCAUGAAUUCCCUCUACUGUCCAACCUGUACCGGAGGGCUUGAUGAUGCAAUUAUUGCUACAAGCAUGAAUAACAUAAGUUGGGUCAACCCUAGUACUACUGACGUGCUAUAUGCCUACUACAGGAAUAUCAGUGGGGCUUACACCUCAGACUUCCCAGACUACCCGCCUUCAUUCUAUAACUUUACAGGUGAUGAAUUUUCAGAAAACAUUGAUUUAACAGUGCAAGGGACGAAGGUGAAGGUGUUGAACUAUGGCGAGGAAGUGGAGAUAGUUUUUCAAGGGACCAGCCUGCUAUCAGGCUCGAUGAAUCAUCCGAUGCAUUUGCAUGGAUAUAGCUUCUACGUAGUUGGAAUAGGUUCUAAUAAUUUUGAUAAUGAGACAGAUCCAAAAGGGUUUAAUUUGGUUGAUCCUCCAGAAGUGAAUACUUUCGGAGUUCCUAAGAAGGGAUGGCUUGCCAUCAGAUUUCUUGCAAACAAUCCAGGUGUGUGGUUUUGGCAUUGUCAUUUUGAUCGACAUCUGAGCUGGGGUAUGAACACUGCAUUUAUAGUAAAGAAUGGGGCCACUACUGAGACAAGCAUUCGCCAGCCACCUGUUGACAUGCCUACUUGUAAAGUUCCGUUAAAAUCUUGGAUACGAAGCGACGAUGGGUUGGAUGAGGAAGAGACGGGGAACAAAACAAAAUUGGGUUAUUGA